AUGGUUACUCCGGUCCGGAAGCGCAGUGUGUGGGCCGCCAUUGCGGUGGGCGUCUCUGUACUGAUCCUCUUGUUCACGUUCUUUGCCUACCCAACGAUGGUGACUACUCGGUUCGGUCUGGGCGACGCCAGCAAAACUCCAGCGACGGCGACGGCCGGCGCCGAAGACCUCGUUGCGGGUAAAAGCUCAGAGGCUUCGGUGACUUUUACAGUAACAGAGACAAUUGCGUCCGUUACAGAAAAAGUGACGAUGAAAGAAACAGAGACGGUCUUCGUGACUGUGACCGAGGCGGCCAUCGUAGAGGAUAUUGCCGAGACAACAUCUUCGCCUGCAUCCCCGUCAUCUGUGGAAAACUAUGAUCUCACAGAAGCGCCAGACAUGAAAUUUAAGCCGGGACCAGUUGAUGAGUCGCUGCUGAAGCAAGCGCCGACCGACUGGGUUGGUCAUAUCAGAGACUAUUUGACACUACUUAAGCACCCGGACCAGCACACGCACACAGAAAUCCAGGUGGCUGAGAGGAAGGUGCGGUGGUUGCAGAAUAAGCGGGUGCUAAUGCUCGCAGACUCGGUUGAUCGCUACAUGGCAGUAUAUAUGUGCAGAGAACUGAAUCUGGCAGCGAACGUGAGUAUGCUCGGGCUCCAUUCGACCGCACAAUGCCGAAUCCCACAGCUCAACUUCACGAUUCUUCACUGGCAUAUUGCGUCAAUGUACACAGCUAGGCCGGACUGGUGGUGGAUGAGCCAUAUGGGCAAUAUCUCGUUCGAGGCGCGCAACGAGGAACUGUUCAUGGCGAAUAUCUCUGCCGAGCGCGCGACGGACGUGUUUGGGAUGAAUGGACGCGGACCAGAUCUGAUUGUGUAUCAAAGCAUGCUGUGGGAUUGGACGUCGAUGACAACGAGCUACAAUAUGGAAAUGGGAGGAGGGAAGAGCAGCGGUGAAUCUGGGGAUCACUCUGGCCAUAUGGAGCACUCGGGUCACGGAGAAUCAUCAGCGCCUCAGCCAAAGGCACCUAAAGCACCAGCAAAGGCCUCCUCCGGUCGGCGGAGGCUGUCGGAGAGAGACAGCGAGAGAGGCAUACAAGCCAGAGGGACCGGGGAAGCAUUUGCAGCGCAGCGGCCGUUCCACUGGAGCGAGCUGGAUUUCUAUCGUGCGCGCCAGAAGAGAUUUAUCGAGUACUACAGAGAGAUAUUUGGAGCAGACACGCCGUUCAUGUUCAGAGCAGUUCUGCAGACGCGCAACGCGGCCAGCACGACGGUUCCGCUGGUGCAGCUGGACAAGAUGGCCCGGUUUGUCGCGCACGCGAUGGACGUCGAGGUGUUUGAUUGGGGACACACGAUAUCCGGGUACACGCAGCCGUUCUACGACGCCUUCCGCGACGAGAUCCACCCCAAGCGGGGCGCGCACACGUACAUAUACGGCAACAUGCUGCUUUACUACCUGUUCCGAGCCAGCGGCGGCGCCGAGUUCCGCGGAAAGGUGACCAGAUGGCCUGCCACGGCGGGGAUGAGCCAGGCAGAGGCGUGGAACGAGUGCCACAGGUACAAUAUGAAGCUGCACAGUCACUGA